AUCAUCAUCACCAUCAUCAACAUUAUCAUCAAGGCUGAUCACCGGAGAAAAGUCAUGACGUUGCCUUAUAGACUGCGCGCGGUUAUAGGAAGCGUCAAUUAGGCGUCAUAGUGUACUUAAGAAGCAGCGCGCGCUGCCCAUUGCACACAUCACGCGCGUCUUUGUGCAAGAAUAAGCGACGCUGGACGUUUUCACGUGUUAAACAGGCAAUAGGGAAACAGAUCCAGGCAAAGGUUUGAAUGAAAAAGGUGUUGUUGUUUUUUCAGCAUUUUUGUUUGCAUUGCCAGAUCUCUGACAUGACGCACGAGUGGUGACUACGUGUCGGUUCAGCGAGAUCUCAGCACGGAAUUCAGGGUAUAACGUGUGGCACGGAUUGGAUGCUGCCUGUCAUUUGACGCGCUCUUAACGCGGAUUAUAUUUGCAUGCUAAGUUUUCUUUUUGUCAGUUUUCCAGUUUUUUUCCCCCUAGGAUGGAGUGAAAGGAGGCAGCGCGCGAGGUAGGGAGAACAAAUCAGAUCAAGCGCGAUCAGCUGCCGUCGAGCGCACCCGGCUUUUUUUUUGGUAUUAAUUUUGGAAGAAAAAAAAAAUAGCACAGUGAUGGAGACUGUGAGUCACAUCCAGCGGGAUCAUUGUAAUGUAUCUGAUGCUUGUUGACUCCGAUGCCAGUUACCUGUUGGAUAUACCCGCAUGUCUAGGAUGGCUCGUUUCGGGGACGAUGCGUCUGGGCGCUAUGGAGCUGCGCCGGGCGCGGGGAGAGGAGGAGCGCGGCCGGGAGGCGCACCGGGCGCUCAGAGGCUUUACAAGCAGUCGAUGGCUCAGAGAGCCCGGACAAUGGCUUUGUAUAACCCUAAGCAGACUAAGCAGAACUGCUUCACGGUCAACCGCUCGCUGUUCAUCUUCAGCGAGGACAACGUGAUCCGGAAAUACGCCAAGAGGAUCACCGAGUGGCCUCCAUUUGAAUACAUGAUCCUUGCAACCAUCAUUGCCAACUGUAUUGUAUUGGCAUUGGAGCAACAUUUGCCGGUUUAUGACAAGACACCGAUGUCAGAACGCCUGGACGACACAGAGCACUACUUUAUCGGGAUAUUCUGUUUCGAGGCUGGCAUUAAGAUCAUCGCCCUGGGCUUUGUCUUUCACAAAGGCUCCUACCUUCGCAACGGCUGGAACGUAAUGGACUUCGUGGUUGUCCUCACCGGGAUUUUGGCCAAAGUGGGUUCGGAUUUUGACCUAAGGACGCUGCGAGCUGUGCGAGUUCUGAGACCUCUCAAACUGGUGUCAGGAAUCCCUAGUCUACAGGUUGUGUUGAAGUCCAUAAUGAAGGCCAUGGUUCCUCUGCUGCAGAUCGGCUUGCUGCUCUUCUUUGCCAUUGUCAUGUUCGCCAUUAUAGGAGUAGAGCUCUACAUGGGCAAGUUUCAGAAGGCGUGCUUCAAACAAGGCACAGAGGAGCUGGCUGAAGAAUACCCAUGUGGCUUGGAACCUCCAUCUAGGCUGUGUCCCAAUGGCACCGAGUGUAGGAAAGGCAGUGCGUGGAAAGGACCAAACUACGGCAUUACUAACUUCGACAACAUCUUGUUCGCCAUACUCACCGUCUUCCAGUGCAUCACCAUGGAAGGAUGGACAGAUAUCCUUUACCACACCAAUGAUGCCUUGGGCAACAUGUGGAACUGGAUGUACUUCAUCCCCCUCAUCAUCAUCGGCUCCUUCUUCAUGCUUAACCUAGUGCUGGGUGUCUUAUCAGGAGAGUUUGCCAAAGAAAGAGAACGUGUAGAGAAGAGACAGGAAUUUCUGAAGCUACGCAGGCAACAACAAAUCGAGAGAGAGUUGACUGGCUACUUGGAGUGGAUCUGUAAAGCAGAGGAGGUGCUGCUGGCUGAGGAAGACCAGAACGCAGAAGAGAAAUCUCCACUGGAUGGAGCGUGGUACAAGAGGAAACAGAACAACCCAGUGCUGAAAAGAGCAAAGGCCAAGAAGGGGAAGAAUGAUCUCAUCGGUGCCGAGGAGGGUGAGGAACACUUCACAGACAUUUCCUCAGUUGCACCCCCCGGAUCUCCCUUUGCCCGAGCCAGCCUGAAAAGCAACAAGAACGAGAGCUCGUCAUACUUCCGCCGAAAAGAGAAACGAGUACGCUUCUUCAUUCGCCGCAUGGUGAAAGCCCAAAGCUUCUACUGGAUUGUGUUGUGCAUAGUGGGCUUGAACACACUGUGUGUGGCCAUCGUUCACUACAACCAGCCUGUGGGGCUGACCAAAGCACUGUACCUGGCCGAGUUUGUGUUCCUGGGUCUGUUUCUAUGUGAGAUGACACUGAAGAUGUACGGCCUGGGGCCCAGGAACUACUUUCACUCCUCAUUCAACUGCUUUGACUUUGGGGUCAUCGUGGGGAGCAUAUUUGAGGUGGUGUGGACAGCCAUCCAACCAAGAGCCUCUUUCGGUAUUAGCGUCUUGAGGGCUCUGCGCUUGCUCCGAAUAUUUAAAGUGACCAAGUAUUGGAACUCUUUGAGGAAUCUGGUGGUGUCUCUGCUCAACUCAAUGAAAUCCAUCAUCAGCUUGCUCUUCCUCCUCUUCCUCUUUAUUGUGGUGUUUGCCUUGCUGGGCAUGCAGCUCUUUGGAGGACAGUUUAAUUUUGAUAACGAAACACCCACUACCAAUUUUGACAACUUCCCUUCCGCCAUAAUGACCGUCUUUCAGAUUUUGACAGGAGAAGACUGGAAUGCCGUGAUGUAUCAUGGGAUUGAGUCUCAGGGCGGCGUCCCACUUGGGAUGUUCUCCUCGGUUUACUUUAUCAUUCUUACUCUCUUUGGAAACUACACUCUUCUUAAUGUGUUCUUGGCUAUCGCUGUCGAUAACCUUGCCAAUGCUCAGGAGCUGACAAAGGACGAGGAAGAGCAAGAGGAGGCAGCCAAAAAGAGCAUAGCACUGCAGAAGGCCAUGGAGGUGAAGGAGGUCAGCCCGAUGUCAGCAGCUAACAUUUCCAUCGCAGCUUUUGUAAAGCAAAAUCGAGAUGUGCUCUCUCGCAGCUCUUCCGUCAGCAGCGUUCACUCACUGAGUUAUGUCUACACCCCUGUUCAUCGUUUUGUGAGCAAAGAGCAGCAGCGCUCUCUCCAGAAGAUGUCUAUCUGGGAGCAGCGCACUUCACAACUACGUCGCCACAACCUGCGCAACAGCAGUGAAGCACUCUACAACGAGCUGGAGCCGGAAGAUCGGCUGCGAAUGUCAUCAGCGCUACACCUGCGGCCCGACAUGAAGGCGCACCACGAUCGGCCCUUGCUGGUGGAUAAAUCGCACCCGCCGGAUGGCAGGGACACCCCGGAGGAGGCACCUGCACACAAACACCAUCGGUGCCGUGGAGAGAACGGCGAUGCUGGAGAAGGACGCCGACAUCGGCACCACCGCGGUAGUGAACACAGAGGGCAGCAGGAUGGAGGACACAGGAACCAGACGGAGGAUGGUGAUGAUGAUAGGGAGCACCGUCACCACCAUUCUCACCGGUUCCGUGAGACUGAUGGUGAUGGCAGUAAUGGAGUGAAAGGAGAGAGAAAUCCGAAAGGGAACAGAGAGGGUGAAGCAGGGAAUGGUGAGAGGAGGAGACACAGGCCUCGCAUCAAAGCCCAAACCACACUUGACAAGGAGGAGACCAAGGACAACAAAGAGAGAGAUACACCAAGCCACAGGGACAGGUUUAAGGAUGCAGAGGGUGAUGGUUCAAGCUCGAGUCCUGUUCCCUCUCCUACUGAGAGACAAGAGGACUCCGAUAACCUAAAAAACAGCACCAAGGCUAGAUCAACUGCAGUCAGCAUCCCUGUUACCAUCACUGCCCCACCCGGAGACACCACCGUCAUUCCCAUGAAUAACAUAGAUGGUGAGAGUUUGCUCCUGAAUGAGGAAAAGAAGGAUCUGGAUGAGUUGAAUCCGAAUGCUCCUAAACGCAUCUUACCCUACAGCUCUAUGUUUGUGUUUGGUCAGUCCAAUCCUGUGAGAAGGUUGUGUCACUACAUGGUGAACUUGCGCUACUUUGAGAUGUGCAUUCUUGUGGUGAUCACCAUGAGCAGCAUCGCACUGGCUGCAGAGGAUCCUGUGAAUGCUGCUGCUGUUCGGAACAAUGUGCUAAAAUACUUAGAUUACAUCUUUACCGGUGUGUUCACAUUUGAAAUGGUGAUCAAGAUGAUUGACCUCGGGCUGCUUCUCCAUCCGGGCUCCUACUUCAGAGACCUGUGGAAUAUUCUAGACUUCAUUGUGGUCAGCGGUGCCCUGGUAGCUUUUGCCUGCUCAGGGACCAAAGGCAAGGACAUCAACACCAUCAAGUCCCUCAGGGUCCUCCGUGUGCUGCGGCCUCUGAAGACCAUCAAGAGGCUACCUAAACUCAAGGCCGUGUUUGACUGUGUGGUGAACUCGCUGAAGAACGUGCUCAACAUCCUCAUCGUCUACAUCCUCUUCAUGUUCAUCUUUGCGGUUAUCGCCGUGCAGCUCUUCAAGGGAAAGUUCUUCUACUGCACAGAUGAAUCCAAAGGUUUAGAGAAGGACUGCAGAGGUCAGUUUCUGGAUUACGAUGGAGACAGAGUGCAAGCCAAGGCACGUGAAUGGAAGAAGUACGAUUUUCACUAUGACAACGUGCUGUGGGCUUUCCUCACUCUCUUCACCGUUUCCACAGGAGAGGGUUGGCCUAUGGUCCUGAAACACUCUGUAGAUGCCACUGAUGAAGACGAAGGCCCGAGCCCAGGCUACCGCAUGGAGAUGUCCAUCUUUUAUGUGGUCUACUUCGUGGUCUUCCCGUUUUUCUUCGUCAACAUUUUCGUAGCCUUGAUCAUCAUCACUUUCCAGGAGCAAGGGGACAAGGCCAUGUCUGAAUGCAGCUUGGAGAAAAAUGAGCGGGCGUGCAUUGACUUUGCCAUUAAUGCCAAGCCCCUGACUCGCUACAUGCCCCAGGAUAAGCAGUCCUUCCAGUACAAGAUGUGGAAGUUCGUGGUUUCGACGCCGUUUGAAUAUUCCAUCCUGACUAUGAUCGCAAUCAAUACUGUGGUUCUCAUGAUGAAGUUCAGUACCGCUUCGAAGCCUUAUGAGGACAUGCUGAAGUGGCUGAACAUCAUCUUCACUGCCCUUUUCACCCUGGAAUGUAUCCUGAAGAUCAUCGCUUUUGGUCUGCUGAACUAUCUGAGGGAAGCUUGGAACAUAUUCGACUUUGUAACAGUACUGGGCAGCAUCACUGACAUCCUGGUCACUGAAAUUAAGCAGAACAAGCUGAUCAACCUUAGCUUUCUGAGGCUGUUUCGAGCUGCUCGACUCAUCAAGCUCCUGAGGCAAGGCUACACCAUCCGUAUCCUGCUCUGGACCUUUGUCCAGUCUUUUAAGGCACUGCCGUAUGUGUGUCUGCUCAUUGCCAUGCUCUUCUUUAUCUACGCCAUCAUUGGAAUGCAGGUGUUUGGAAACAUCGAGUUAAGCGAUGAUUCAGCAAUCAACCAACACAACAACUUCCAGACCUUCUUUCAGGCACUCAUGCUACUCUUCAGGAGCGCCACGGGCGAGGCGUGGCAUGAGAUUAUGCUGUCGUGUUUGGGUGGCAAGAAAUGUGACAACCUCUCAGGCUCCAAUGGCAACGGGUGUGGCAGUGAUUUUGCGUACUUCUAUUUCGUCUCCUUCAUCUUCCUCUGCUCGUUCCUGAUGCUAAAUUUGUUCGUGGCUGUCAUCAUGGACAACUUUGAGUACUUGACGCGGGACGCUUCCAUCCUCGGACCUCACCAUCUGGAUGAGUUCAUCCGCGUCUGGGCAGAUUAUGACCCGGCUGCCUGUGGGCGCAUAUCCUACCUCGAUAUGUACGAAAUGCUACGUCACAUGUCCCCUCCGCUAGGUUUGGGAAAGAAAUGUCCAUCACGAGUUGCCUACAAGCGCUUGGUGAGGAUGAACAUGCCCAUUGCUGAUGACAGCACAGUCCACUUCACGUCCACGCUGAUGGCUCUCAUACGCACCGCCCUGGAUAUCAAACUGGCAUCAGGUGUUCUUGCCCAGCGUCUCUGUGAUGCUGACCUGAAAAGGGAGAUAAAUAAAGUGUGGCCCAGUCUGUCAUCAAAAACUGUGGACUUGCUGGUGACACCUCAUAAACAUAAUGAGCUGACGGUUGGGAAAGUGUAUGCUGCGCUGAUGAUCUUCGAUUACUACAAGCAGAACCGAGCCAAAAGACUCCAGGAGCAACAGCCCUCUUCCGGAGCACUGGGUAAAAUGGGGUCUCUCUUCAAGCCCAUGUUGCCCCUCACUCACAUACACGAUCAUGAGCCAUCAAUCAGAAGUGCCAAACUGCCACCUCCUUCUCAAACUGAUUCGUCUCCACAUCCAGAGCUCACACCCACGACCCCUCUCUUGACCAAUGGGGAGCCAGUGAAAAGCAACGCCAUGAAGAAUUCUCAUUCAGCAGAGACGCUUCAGAAGGGCAGGAAUUCCGUCUAUUCAGAUGAUCUGCCAAAAACUGAAUCUCAGGAAUUAGUAGAGAUGACGGAUAUGGAGAAUAAUUCUGAUGUAGUGGGCUUCUCCACACUGGAGGGCCACGGGAGGGCAGCCUCAAUGCCCAGACUUAGUGCAGGCUUCCAGCGGAGCCAGUUGCGCCACACCACCGGGAUGUACCUAGCACCCAUCACGGAUGGCAGUCCCAUGCGGCGUUCAGCCUCCUCUUUGGCUUCUCAGAGAGGAGGAACAGAGUUGAAUCUGAGGGACUAUACACUGGAACGACUCCCAGCAGCACAGCCUCAGGAGAAAGAGAGAGACAGAGUGCACCAACAUCAUCAUCAUCACCAUCAUCGAUGUCACCGCCGCAGAGACAAGAAGCAUAAAUCCCUGGACCGAGCUAUCAGUGAAGAACAGCCUGCCUCUCUGGAUCUAGCGUCGGAUUUAAUCGAUGAUCCGCGGGAUCGAGCUCGUGAAUGGGACAGAGACCGAGGUCGCUCUCAUGAGAGGAAACACCAAUCGGCUUCUGCCCCUGAGAGAAAGCAGCGUUACUAUUCCUGUGAUCGCUAUGGAAACAGAGAGCACUGUCACAGUCGAUCACCUGGGCCAAGCAGAUCUACCUCACCAGGAGAUCCACAAGAACCCAACAGAUUCAAAACGGGUGUUAACUCGGCUAAGGGCAGCCCAGUGGUCUUCACCUCAGGCACCAGUACACCAUGCCGUGGACGAAGACAGCUCCCUCAGACACCGCUCACACCAAGGCCUGCAGUGGCCUUUAAGUCUACCAGCUCCUCCACAUCGCAGAUGGCUCCCACCCGCUCAUCCGGGCCGGCCCACACCUACCUAAGCCGAGGGCAGUCGGAACACGACGCCUUGCUCGGCAUCACUCACCAACCAUCUCCCGUGCCUGUCACUCGGAUCGGAUCUGACCCCAACCUCGGCCCCUUGCAGCGUGACCCCCACCUGUCAGAGGCCGAAGAUUUCCACGAUGCUUUGAGCACCUACAGCUCAAGACGUUUUCCAAGGACAGUCUCUGCCACCCAUUCAUCCACAGGGGCGAUGCCAUCCAUGCUUCAGCAUAGCCAGAGUGGAGUACCUAACGGGUACCACUUCACCCUAGGAGUUAGUACAUCUCUGGGCUCCAGUACCAGGAUUUCUCCAAGCUAUCAUGAUAUAGAGAAAGAUGACUGGUGCUGACAAAAUGGUCACCAAUAUAUGUCUUAAAUGUGUCUUUAAAAAGUGCAGGAUGAGUUUUAUCAUCUUUGCCUCAAGAUAGUCCUACAUUUGAGUCAUGGCUUUGUGAAGACAGUGGAAGCCUGAGGAGCUCUAGAAGACGGGUUGAGUUAUUAAUUCUUCAUGAAUGUGGCAUGACGAUAUUCCCUCUUGUCAAUACAGUUUUUUCAACACAGUUUGUGAAAUUAUGAGUGCCAUGAUGAAUUCCCAAGGUGAGUUCUGUGCUGCCACUGAAGAGGGGAAAUAGUUCUGGCCUCAGUUGCUAGCAAACACUGCCCUCUGCUCUCUGGAAUCAUAAUAAUAGGGCUAAACUUGGCAGAAGGGCAGAGAGUAGAGCGAUACAGCCAUGUUUGAUUCGAAAGCACAAUCUAUAAUGAAAGUGCAGGACUUCUGCUCAUCUAGAUGGUAUUGUUAAGAACCUGGACCUCUCUUUAUUUCUUAAAAAAAAAAAAAAAAAAUGAUACAUUCUUGGUUUUGUCCAGACUUCUUUGUCUUAACGUUUCUUUCCCUGCUGCUGCUUUAUGCUGUUUCUUCCUCUUGCAAGUGGCACAGAUAAAAAUGCUCCCAGUAGCUAAGAGAAAAAAUAACGCCAAAUUGUAAUUAGUUUUCUAAGAGAUUGCAGUAGAUCGAGCAUCUUUUAACAGUGUUCCUUUUUUUUGUACCUUGUACAUGAAGUGUGUAGCUGGGUGUCCUGUAAGGUCUACUCUUUUUUUUUUUUCUUUUUUUUUUAAAUAAUAUAUUACCCUCAAGUGGUAAACUACCAAGUGCCUAACCUUUGAGGUUAACUACUGUAUGAGUAUGAUGUGUCGUGAGGCAUUAUUAACCUGAGAAAGGCAAAUACUGGAUACUAUACACUGUAGGUAAAAUGUCACAGAUAUUUGUUCUUUAUAAGUAUCAUAGCAUGUUAUGAAGACAGAGAUUAUGGCGUUGCACAAAAGACAGAAUAUAAGUGAGAUUUUCAUUGAUGUGUGUGUGUGUGUGUGAGAAAGUGAAAGUAUGGCACGUGAGUAAAAAAAAAAAAUCUGUAAACUGCAGGGACGAUAGCAUCAACAACGUAGCUUCGAGAAGGUACUGUAACCAUGAACUCUAGAGAAUUACAUGACACCGAAAUCGUUUUCACUCCGUCUGAAUCGAAUGCAUGUUAGGAGUUUCUACACUUGGUGUUGGUGUUGUUGUAAACUGCAUUGUGUGAUGUACAAUUUUAUUUUGCCAAAGAGUACAUGGUGAGCUCUUGCCUUUCUAGUAUUAGACUGAUUUAAUUACAUGGAGUCAAGAGAGACAUGAUACAUUUUGGUAGGAAUAUGAAAUUACAUUCCUAAAAAAAAAAAUAUAUAUAUAUAUAUCUAUAUAUAUUUCAUUAAAAUCAUGUACAUUUUGAUCGUAUUAUUAUUAUUAUUAUUAUUAUUAAAUUUAACAUAUUGCUGAACCCUUUCUUAGUAAACAAGGAAGAUGUGGUUCUUUAGUAACAUUGGAUGAUUUUUACUGAUAGCUUCCAAACACUUUAUCGUCAUAAGACAAAAUGAUUUUUAUUUGUAACACAUGGUCACUAGCCACUCUAUUAGGAAGAAAUGUACAACUGAACAUUCAUGCAGUUUUCCAUUCAGUCAGUCACGUGACAGAUCAAGAGCUACAGUCAAAAUAGGGUAAAAUCAGUGAUCUCUGAGUGACUUGGACCGUGGCUUGGUUGUUUGUGCUGGAUAUGUUUCAGAAACUAAUGAUUCUGUUGUAUUUUUGUGCAUAAACCUCUCUAGAAUUUGCACAGAAAUAUUUCAAAUAUACUCAGUAGCAGUUCUGUAGUCUCGCUGAUGAGAGAGGUCAGAAGAAAAAGUUAAAUAAACACUCUUUACAAUCAUGGAGACCUGAAAAAAGCAUCUUGCACCAUGAGGCAUAGUGAUGGGAAGUUCGGAUCAUUUUACUGACUCCGGAUCUUCGAAUCUCGUUCAGCACGAUGAGCGAAUCUUUUUCCGAGUCAUUUUGUUCGUUUCAGCAGUAUAUAAUUACAAUGUUACGUGUUAAUAGCCAGUCUCACCUCCUGUCGGAGUCUUUCGUUCUUUUGUCACGUCACAUUGUCAUGCAGUUUGUACCAGAAAAAGAGAUAAGUUCAUCUCCCAAGUCUUUGGGUUCGAGUCAUUCGUUGAUCACGUGACAGCCCCUAAACCUUAAGCUGUGCAGUCUGUGUCGGAAACUACUCAUGCCCCAAGACUCGAUUCUGUUUUUCCACCACAGACUGCAUAGCCGAAGCCUAUGAGGCUGUCACGAGAUGGACUAAUCAUGUUUCCCGUACAGAACCUACAGGAUGUUGUGCAUGCAUGGUCAAUACAAAAUGAAUGAAUUGCUCUCUGAGAUGACUCGUUGUUCCUUAAGGAUUUGUUCGAAAUGAACGAAUCGGUCAUGAACGACACAUCACUAAUGAGGCAGCGACAAUUCUGUAAACAGGAAUCUAAGACUAAAGUGGAUAUAUAAUGAAACAUGACAGCUGAGGCUUUUACCAAUAUUCAGCUGUCCAAUUUUGGUGAUGCUUUAACCUCAGGUUUUUGUUCUUUUGGCUAAUGGGAGUGGAACCUGAUGUGGGCUUCUGCCAUUGUAAUACAUCAACCUGAAGAUUUUGCAUUCUGGGAUAUUUUUCAACACGGUUGUAAUUAUUAGAAAGGAAGAUCUCAUCAAAAAAAAAGCAUUUCCACCAAUAGAACUGUCCCUCAGUACAUCUCUGUAUGAAUUCUAGAAGCAGUAGCAGUUAUACUUAAACUAUCCCACUACUCUUACAACAAUGCCACAAAGUCACUGAGCUCAGAUUUCUCUCUAGUUCAGAUUUCGUCCUAGUAAAACUCUGCACUGAACUGCUGCCACGUGACUGGUUGGGUAACGGCAUGAAUGUAUGGACUGCGUGAAUGAAAGAAAUGAAUUUCCUAAUAUAGUGAUUGGUGUGUCUAGAAGGUAUUUCUCGGACAAGCUUCCUGUGUCCUGUAAGUGCAGGGAUGAGACGACUGUUGAGAGACAGUACAGCAGGGCUAUGCAACAUGGCGACACUUUAUAAUCGCUCCUCAUCUUCUGUAGCUUUAUCUCCUAGACUGGACAGUUCUGGGAGCAAGACGAUUUUGUUCAGUUUUCUACCUUAAAAGUGAUGAAUGCUGUAGGUGACAUAGAGUUUAUUGGAAGGCCAAUUAGUGUACAAAGCAGGACAAAUGCAUGCCAUUGUCCUGUCCUCAAAAGUGAAUUUGAAUUUGUGUUGUUCGCCUCAAGUACCGUCCAUAAAGUGUUUCUGUUCUAAGUAAUAAUUGGUGAACGAUUAGGAUUUUUUUUGUUCUUUUCUAAACUCAGACACUUCAACCUCACAUCGAUUCCAUCUUCUGACCAGGUUUUACCUUCUAUUCUCUCUUUCUGACAGGGAGAUGUGAUUUGUGCGCCUAGUAGUACAUCUGUAACUAUUCUAAAGCCAUUCCUAUGACAAAUCUACGAAUAAUUGUUAUACAGAAAACUUUCUGCCAGGUGCCAAGUUGAACACAGCACCGUUUUUCUCACCCUCAUGCCGUACCUCGUUCAGUUGACCUGUGGACAUUGUGUUUAUGUUUGCAUGUUACGAUGACAUGUGCAUGUACAAAUAUAUGUUCGACAUACUUUAUGUUUGAUUCCUAUGAGGGGUUCACUGCCUUUUUUUUAUACAAUCGUCAAUUUAAAACAAAAAAAGAAGAAGAAAAAAGACAUGUUUGUGGGGGUAAAUUAGAGAAAUUCAUUUUAGAAGUUUUGUGUAAAAGAGGUGUUGAACAAAAGAGAAAAAUCACAUUCGGGCUAUGAAAGCAUGGGACUAACGUUUUGAAGCAGAUCAGACACCACCACUGUUCAUCGGCUAUCUGCUUAUUUACCAUUCAUUACCAUUUUGUACCACUGAACUGAAAAGAGAAUCUAAAUAAAUUAAUAAAGGUUUUAUG